AUGACCUACGACAGUCUUCGGAAGCAGUUCGAUUGUGCGAGUCAACCGGUACUAAGACUCGGCGGCACAAGUCUUCGCAGACCUUCAACAGGUAUCGCACGAUUGAUCACCCUGCUCCACAUCAGGAAGAAGCUACAAUGCACACGACUCAAGGAGCAUGAGCCGCCUGAAGCAAUGAAGCAGUAUACAUGGAAGGCAUGGAAGAAAGCGCCCAAAAAUCCUUUAGAACUCGACCCUGGCUCUUUCAAGAAGAAAAAGGAAGCAAAUAAGAAGAAGAACAAGAAGAAAAAGAAGGCUACGCCAAAGCCAGUACGCGCCUCCAUAGGAAAGGCUGACUUGGUUCGAGCUAUGAAUUGGGAACAUCCGACAGUGACCCUCGAUGUCGGAACCGUUUCUGCCAAACUGAAGCAAACUUUGAAGAUGUUGUUCGGGCUGUAUCUGACACCAAGCGACAGAGAUAUAUUGUGCAAUCUCUGUCCAUGUGUCUCGUCUAAGACCAAAGUCGAGAGAGAGGUCGAUGCGUUUAAUCAUGAUGAACAGGAGGAGGAAGAGAAGGAUGAUGAUGACCGGGGGCGCAAGGACUCGGAUCAUCUACGCUGCCAUACUGUGCUGCUCCAGCAUCUCUACACAGGCGACCCCAUCAUUACGACGAAUCUAAAGACUUUAAAGAUGAAAGGUCUCAUAACAGAUAGAUCACGCACAGAGAUCGACCAAGGCAUCCCAACGAUCGAGAGUUUGGUGCUUUCGAACGUCGGCAGGCGUGAGCCGCGCAAAGGGCCGAGAGAUCUCAAGGAUUCGACGUCUGUGAUAGACCUGAGCAUGAUGCGAGAACACGUUCAAUCCAUUCGGUAG